AUAAUUCAGUUGUGCAAUUUUGACCAUUAAAUAUACAGUAGUUCAUACCAUAGUCUUGGCCCCCUAUACCUUUUUUAUUUUGUCAUAUUGUUUGAAUUUUGCAUACACAAACUUUGUGGAGAACCCACAUCUUUGUAAUUUAGACUGUUUUUUCCAACUAUAUAUAUAUGCUGUACUCAAGUUGGAAAACCAACAACAUGGCCAACAUGCAAAAAUAAGAAGCGACUACACUGAAUAUCACUAGAAAGUGUUGACUUCAAUCUGGUGACCAUGUACAUUAUGUUUAUUUAUUCAUACUCUAUAAUGGUAUGAAUCGGGUAGGUUAUAGGAUAAAUAUGUGUUUUGUAUGUUUAUACAACUGUAACUAAGUGGCAAAUGGAUGAAGUACCCAUGUGUGUGGAGACUGGUAACCAAUGAUCUGGCAUGUACUAGAAUUCAAGACACCGCCAGUUUUUAAUUAAUAUAUCUGGGGUUAUUACAUGUGGUGCAAUGGUCAGUGCAGUCAAGCCACAACCGAAAGGGUCUGGUUUUAAGCAUGUCCCAGCUAUGUGUGGAUACAAGUGACAGGAUGAACAACCAACGGGUUUUCUUCCUAUUGGGGAGUGUUGUACAUGCUGCUAGUUUCGUUAUGUCCACUCACAGGACGAGUGACGCUGCCCAAUAAACUCGCCCCUCGGGGGCAAAAUUAAGAAAAAAUUAUGUUGGUUGUAAUGUAAAUACCUACAUUGAAGAUAUUUACUCUUCCAGUUGUGUUAGUGAAGUAAUGAGUUUGGAAGUAUUGAAGGCGGUGGAGGUCACACACUCGUGCAUGGUUCCUGCACUCCACACAACACCUCCUGCACCCUCCCUCCUCCUGCUGCUGCUGCUGCCUGACAUCAACAAACCACAGCGAGCUGGGUAGACGGGACACCACAAGCUCGGCUCUCGUCGUGUUAUUAUACCUGGGUAAUUAGUAUACCAGCAGGAAGCACGAGAGAGACAAGCGUCCGGCGCCAUCAUAACAAGAAGCCAUCACCAGUACCAAGCUUCAGAGACGAGAGACGUUGUGUAUGAUCAGGGACUCUCCAAGGGAUGACGAAACUUCAGAUGAAUGCUCGGUAAUCCUGAUUUCUGUGAACUGUGGGCAGGGUAUUGUGAGAACAUUAUCCCCCAUAUCACAAGGAGCCUGACAGCUGAGUAGGGGCACGACAGCUGACUGGACAGCGCUUCGGAUUCAUAGUCCUGAGGUUCCAGGUAAAUAAUACGUCAAAAUGCGACGUGCUAUUGGGACGACGGGUUGAACCAUGACAACUGAUGUGAUAGACCUGUGGUGGACAGCCAUAACAGCUGAGGCGGCAGACUGGUGAUUGGCAGCCAUGACAGCAGACUCGUCAGACCAAUAAUUUACCUGAUUUUACCUGAGGGCCACUGACACUAGUGGCUUCGACGAGGACAGGAAGCCGACGGCUUGUUGAAGGUCCCUCCCAUUUGCCUUGAUAAUCUUUUCCAGUUGAAUUUUGAAAUUCAAGGUUUGGCAUUUACGGCUUCGGCGGGUAGGCAGUUCCACAGGUUUACAACCCUAUAGGCGAAAAAGCAUCUCCAGCUGUUUUCUGUCCUACAUUGUGGCUUGUUGAGCUUGAACCCGUUGCUCCUCGUUCGUGUUACUUUGACCUUUUGAAGAAAUUGUCCGGCUCAACAUCCUAAAAUUAAACUAAUACUAAAAAAGUAUUUUAAAAGUUUCAAUGAGAUCUGCCCUGGCAUGCCUGGUUUGCAGCGUUGUUGACCCUGUGGCCCUCAACCGUUCUUGAUACGAGAGAUGCCUUAGAUCUAGAAUGAUUUUUGUUGCCCGGUGUAGCACUUUCGCCAGAGUAAAUAUAUGUCCUUCUGAAGAUGAGGUCUCCAUACUUGGAUAUAGUAAUCCAAAUGGGGACGUACCAGAGAUUUAUACAGUUGAAUCAGUACCUUCUUUUCUUUAAAGUCAAAGGUUCGCUUGAUUGUUCCAAGGGUUUGGUUGGCUUUUCUGAAUGCUGAGCAACAUUCAGUGAGCAGUGGAUCCCGACUCCAAUGUUCAUUUCUUCAUCAAUCUGUUGUAAUGUAAUGUUAACUUGGUAGCCAAUAAUGGGAAGCCAUGACAGCUGAAGCGGUAGACCAGUCAUGAUAUUUCUGAGGGAAACACAGCAUUGGGAUAAAUAUUAAAUGAUAGUAGUAAACAUCAAGACACGUGAAACUUAUAAAACUAAUAAGUAAGACGGAAUUGAACAUGAAAUAAAUAAUAACGGUUAGUGUAAAAUUAUAAAAAUGCGUAAAACACAAAUAAAUCAAAUUCACAGUAUGAACUUGACCACAAUGAACACUGAGUGAAGAGGAUAUGUCGUAGUCUCUUAAAUUAAAUUGAAGAUGUACAAAAACAUCAGGCUAUAGACUGUAACAUUGACCUAAAUAAGUAACUUACCUAAAUAAACAUUUAUUUAUUAUUUAUUUUAUUUAUUUAUUUACAAAAAAAAAAGAAGCAUUUCGCGUGUCGAACAAAAAGAACGUAAGUGCUGAUUAGGUAACUGAAGUGAGGUGUGGACAUUGAAGAUGACGCUCAGCGCGCCGGCAAGCCAGUCACCAGGGCAACUUGUGCAGCCGUUGAUGGAGGGGCAACUUUAGUCUCUGCACAAUUAUUAAAGCAGAAUAAAAAGAAAUUUGAGAGUUUUAACAACAGCAAGACACCGUAGCCAUUCGGCCAGUUAUCAGAAACACAAGAUUGCUUGUAAACUUUAAAUAUAAUUGUAGAGAAGUAGUUAAGAAGUGUCACCACAUGCAGCAGAAGAAGAUGACAAGUGUGGUGCCUAGCGCGCGAGCCUUGAAGCCAACAUGGUUGCUGGGAUUGGUGGUCUACUGUGCCCUUUUCUGCUACUGCGGUGCUGACUUCCCUCAACUCUCGUCUGAUGAUGCAAUGAUCACCCAGUUGACUGCUAGCACUGAGUCUGAGGACUGGGAGCCCGUGGAGCACCAGACGCUGCUGGGGACCAUCACGGGACGCAAGGAACCAACAAUAGGACUUCAUCGACUCGUUACCCACUACUAUGCAUUCAGGGGUAUUCCAUAUGCUGAGCCUCCGGUUGGAAGCCUACGACUGGAGGAGCCCGUGGAGGCUAGGGGUCGAUGGGCAGGCGGGCACCUCAACGCCUCCACGUUUCGGCCAUCUUGUCCACAAUAUAACCAUAAGCAUAAGUUGAUACUGGGUGAUGAGGACUGUCUCUAUCUCAAUGUAUACACCCCUAAGUUACCAGAGUCAAGGGAGGGAAGCAAGGGCUUACCUGUGUUCGUGUUUAUCCACGGAGGAGGCUACGUCAGAGGGUCGGCCUCGUCGCACGGUGCAGCCCGACUUCUCGCUCACAAUGUUGUCCUCGUCACCUUUAACUACAGGCUAGGGGCUCUAGGCUUCAUAAGCACUAAUGACACGACGAUACCAGGUAAUUAUGGGGUGUUGGACCAGAUUGCAGCCUUGCAGUGGGUCAAGUUCAAUAUCGAUCAGUUCGGAGGUGAUCCGAACAGGGUAACCUUGGGCGGUUUCUCAGCCGGCGCCGCAUCUGCCCAUCUCUUCAUGCUGUCUCCCAGAUCCAGAGGGUUGAUGCAUAGGGCGGUUAUCAUGAGCGGCAGCACCUACUGCUCCUGGGCCACCAGUGCACAACCUCAGAAGUAUGCCUCUGUUCUCGCUCAGGGUCUUGGUUGUCCCUUCAACUCCUCAGCUCAACUCAAGUCUUGCAUUGCCUCUAAGACUUAUCAAGAGAUCCUUACUGCCCAGGCACCCAUUAUGAAGUAUGAGUUCUGGCCAGUCCCAUUCUCUGUGGUGGUGGAUGCAGGGCUGCGAGACAACCCGGUCCUCCCUGGACCCAUUGACAGUCUCCCACCAAGUACACCUAUGCCAGUACUCAUAGGCACAGUCCCUCAGGAAGGACUUUUGUUUGCCCUUGGAAUAAUACUAACAGCAGAGCAACCUGACCAACCAUCAGCUGUAUACGAGGAGUGUGUGCAGUACAUCAUCAAAGCCUUCUGGCCCAACCUCAGACAUGCCUCCAGUGUCGCCCAGCUGGCCGAGGCCUUCUACUACUCGCCUGGGGCCAGGCACUCACUCGACACACUGGCUGAGGAAAUGACCGAGCAAAUGACGGAUUAUUUAUUUGCCUCUUGUGUAAACGAUGCAGUGGUUGCUCUUGCCAGUGCCAAGUACACUGUUUACAGCUACGUCAUGACACACCGUGACCCAGUGUCUCCAGUAUGGGCCCAGAUCCUGUACAAUGAAGCAAAGAAGCACGGACUGACAACCCCACUCUUGACAAAUGGUGUCUCUCAUGGGGACACCCUUCUCCUGAUCUUCUCCAGUAAGGAAGCUGGUACCAGGAAUGAAGCCAUGUCCCACCUUCUUACCUCCACAUGGAGUCAAUUUAUCAGCACUGGGAGAGUUGAGGGAGGCGCAGGGUCACACUGGACACCCGUGGCAGCUGGGAAACCUGUAGGUUACUACAAUAUUUCCCUCCAGCCAGCCAUGGUCUACACUCCCUACAGGCCAAGGGAGAUGAAUUUCUGGAGCCAAGUCAUCCCAUUGAUGGAGAAGACAAUAGACUCGCUUACCGCCAUCCCUGCCUCCAAUAUUCCUUCUGAUAAUCCUACUGUUAGGCCUGGUGAGGGCCAACUAUACACUUCCCUACCAAACUCAUAUAUCAUAAUUGCUGCUGGCACUUUGAUAGUUAUGUCUGUUCUUAGGCAUUGGUAUUAGUUGGUGCUGCCGACUUCCCAUGACAACAGGUUGAUCUCCGCUCACCACUGAAACCCACUACAACAAUGGCAGGGCCCUUACUCUCACCACCACCACAUUGAAACUGAGACCUUACGUUCACAGCCACACAAAACCAUGUUGGAUUGCUUUUACAAGAUUGUUUACUGUGAUAUAUUGAUCUCCUCCAUUAGGAUUCUUUGCAUGUACUAUACUUGCAGAGAAGGUACACUAGAUCACUGAACAUUUAUAAUAAUAAUAAUUAUAAUAAUAAUGUUUAUUCAGGUAAAACUACAUUCAAAAUGAGUUACAAACAGAAUGUUGGAUUUCUAGAUAGAGCUGUUAAAGAUUGAUGUGUCUGCUAUAGAGGGAUCUAGUAUAUAUUGGUGUAGGGCCAGCAGUUAGCAUUCAGAGGUAUCAAGUACUGGAGAUCUUAAAGGCCCGGCCCCCAAUGAAAAUAUAUGAGUAAUACUUAUAGUGGCUUACUGAAAUUGUCAGCCUAGACAUAGAUCAUAGAUCUCCUACACAGGAAGAAUGGAUAAACUAACUAACUUAUUUAUUAACCCCUUAACAACCCCCAUAUACAUUCACACCAAUAACAAUAAUUACUUUACCACACUAUCUUAUGUU